AUGCUCGAGAAGAGAGAGAAGAUCUUGCUCGAGAAGGCAGGCAGCGGGUGCAAGGUCCUCCUGGCCAACGACAAGUCCGACGACCUCAGCCGGACGUACCGCCUCUUCAACCGCCUCCCCAAGGGGCUGGAGCCCAUGGCAGAGAUCAUCAAGGACCACAUCACCGAGAUGCGGAACGAGAUCAUCAAGCGACCGGGGGCCAAGAUCGAGGGUGGGGAGAAGGACAUCAACCAGGACCCCAACUUCGUGAAGGAGCUGCUGGCCCUGCACGGCAAGUACAUGGCCGUCGUCAACGACCAGUUCGUGGGAAACUCGCUGCUGCAGAAGGCGCUCGCGUUCGUGGGCUUCGUGAACCGCGACGUGGGCAAGUUUAAGAACGCCGACUUGAUGUGCAGCUUCUGCGACCGCAUCAUGAAGACGGGGGGGGAGAAGCUCGGCGAUGUAGAGGAGUAUCUGGCGAAGGUGGUUCAGCUUUUCUCCUACCUGGCGGACAAGGAUCUCUUCGCGAAAAUCUACCGCAACCAGCUUGCCAGGCGUCUGCUCAACUCGCGCUCUGCGUCGGACGACAUGGAGAGGCUCAUGAUUGGCAAGCUCAAGCUCAAGUGCGGGUCGCAGUUCACGUUUAAGAUGGAGGGUAUGAUGAACGACUUGGCCAUCGGCGGCGACCACGAGGCCGCCUUCUCGGCGUACCUGAAGGACGGGCAGGAGACCAGGAAGAUCGACGUCGCCAAGAUAGACUUCAACGUUCAGGUGCUUACGACGGAUUACUGGCCAGCGUACAAGCCGAUGGAAGUGACACCCCCUUCCACGAUGAAGGAAGUGCACCGAGGUCUUCAAGAAGUACUACGCCGAGACCACGUCACCUUCAAACGCCGCCUGGGGUGGUCGCACACACUCGGAAACGUGACUAUCCGGGCCAAGUACCAGAAGUCCUACGACUUGCAAGUCACCACUCUCCAGGCGUGUUACCUGAUGGUGUUCAGCAAGGAGACCAACACCCUGGUCCUGGGAGAGGUGAGCCAGCGCCUCCACCUGCCCGACGACACCGUGAAGCGGAUACUGCACAGCCUCAGCUGCGGCAAGUGCAAGGUGCUCAAGAGAGAGGGACAGGGGGGCCGCAUCAAGGCAACGGACAAGUUCGCCUUCAACGCGUCGGUCAACUGCCCGCUGCGCAAGUUCCGCAUCCCGAUGGCCUCGCUCGAGGAGAGCCACAACCCCAAGCGAGUGGAGGAGGACAGAGGCAUUGCGAUCGAGGCGGCGAUCGUUCGCAUCAUGAAGGCGCGCAAGACGAUCGGACACCCUCAGCUGGUAGCGGAGGUGCUGAGCCAGCUCUCAUUCUUCAGCCCCAACCCCAAGGUCAUCAAGGCCCGCAUCCACGGUCUGAUCGAACGCGAGUACUUGGAGCGCGACGCAUCCCAGGUCAACCACUACAACUACCUCGCGUGAUGGAGUGUGGUGGCGGUAACGGUUUGGGGGGUUGGUCGAACAACCUUGGCUUGCGUUCCUCGUGAAGAUGUGAUAUGUUAUUCCACUACAGCUGGCUCGCGUGAUGGCGUGUGUGUGGGAGGGU